AUGUUGGCUUCACGACAGCUCCUGGGCUCCAUUGCCCGGAGCCGCAUGAGUGCGACUGCCGGCACGGGACUGCGCCGUAUGGCCACCGUUUCCGACUCUCCCCUCGACCGCAAGGUUAGGCAGAACAUUCACGAAGAGAACAACUUCAUCAACUACAAGAAGAUGUCCGAGAACCUCAACAUUGUUCGCCAGCGUCUCAACCGCCCCCUCGCCUACGCCGAGAAGAUCCUUUACUCCCAUUUGGACGACCCCCACGGACAAGAGAUUGAGCGUGGUGUCUCCUACCUGAAGCUCCGCCCUGACCGCGUUGCUUGCCAGGAUGCUACUGCCCAGAUGGCCAUUCUGCAGUUCAUGUCCGCAGGCAUGCCUGCCGUUGCAAACCCCACUACCGUCCACUGCGAUCACUUGAUCGAGGCCCAGAUCGGUGGUGAGAAGGAUCUUGCUCGUGCUGUUGGUAUUAACAAGGAGGUUUACGACUUCCUGUCUUCUGCUUGCGCCAAGUACAACAUUGGUUUCUGGAAGCCUGGCUCUGGUAUCAUCCACCAGAUCGUGCUCGAGAACUACGCUUUCCCCGGUGGUCUGCUUAUCGGUACCGACUCUCACACUCCCAACGCCGGUGGUCUUGGCAUGUGCGCCAUUGGUGUCGGUGGUGCUGACGCCGUCGAUGUCAUGGCCAACCUUCCCUGGGAGCUUAAGGCCCCUAAGGUCAUUGGUGUCAAGCUGACUGGAAAGCUGAACCCCUGGGUUACUCCUAAGGACGUCAUUCUCAAGGUUGCCGGUAUCCUCACUGUCAAGGGUGGUACUGGUGCCAUCGUCGAGUACCACGGCCCCGGUGUCGACCAGAUCUCUGCCACCGGUAUGGGUACUAUCUGCAACAUGGGUGCUGAGAUUGGUGCCACCACCUCCCUGUUCCCCUUCAACAGCCGCAUGCACGACUACUUGAACGCCACGAAGCGUGCCGACAUUGGCGACUUCGCCAAGACCUACGCCAAGGAGCUCCGUGAGGACGAGGGCGUCGAGUACGACCAGCUUAUCGAGAUCAACCUUUCCGAGCUCGAGCCCCACAUCAACGGUCCCUUCACUCCCGAUCUGGCCACUCCCAUCUCCAAGUUCAGCGAGGCUGUCAAGGCCAACAACUGGCCUGAGGAGCUCAAGGUCGGUCUGAUCGGCUCUUGCACCAACUCUUCGUACGAGGACAUGUCCCGCGGUGCCUCCAUUGCCCGUGACGCUUUGGACCACGGCCUCAAGUCCAAGGCCAUCUUCACCAUCACCCCCGGUUCCGAGCAGAUUCGCGCCACCAUCGCCCGCGAUGGUCAGCUUCAGACCUUCGAGGAGUACGGCGGUAUUGUCCUUGCUAACGCCUGCGGUCCUUGCAUCGGACAGUGGGAUCGCCAGGACGUGAAGAAGGGCACCCCCAACUCCAUCAUCUCCUCCUACAACCGUAACUUCACCGGCCGUAACGAUGGUAACCCCGCCACCCACUCCUUCGUUGCCUCCCCCGACUUGGUCGUCGCCAUGACCGUCGCCGGCAGCCUCCACUUCAACCCCCUUACCGAUAAGCUCAAGGACAAGGACGGCAACGAGUUCAUGCUCAAGCCUCCCUCCGGCGAUGGUCUCCCCGAGCGUGGAUACGACCCCGGCCAGAACACCUACCAGGCUCCUCCCGCCAACCGCAGCACCGUCAAUGUCCAGGUCUCCCCUACUUCCGACCGUCUUCAGGUUCUGUCUCCCUUCCAGCCUUGGGACGGCAAGGACGUCAAGAACAUCCCCAUCCUCAUCAAGGCCAAGGGCAAGACCACAACUGACCACAUCUCCAUGGCUGGUCCCUGGUUGAAGUACCGUGGCCACUUGGACAACAUUUCCAACAACAUGCUGAUCGGUGCCAUCAACGAGGCCAACGGCGAGGCUAACAAGAUCAAGAACUUCACCACUGGCGAGUUCGAUGCUGUUCCCGCCGUUGCCCGUGACUACAAGGCCAAGGGCAUCAAGUGGGUUGUCAUCGGUGACUGGAACUACGGCGAGGGCUCUUCCCGUGAGCACGCUGCUCUCGAGCCCCGCCACCUUGGCGGUCUUGCCAUUAUCACCCGUUCCUUCGCUCGUAUUCACGAGACCAACUUGAAGAAGCAGGGUAUGCUUCCCCUGACCUUCUCCGACCCCGCCGACUACGACAAGAUCCGCCCUGAUGACAAGGUCGACAUCCUCGCUACCGAGCUUGAGGUCGGCAAGCCCCUGACCAUGAUCGUCCACCCUGCCGACGGCAGCCCCGAGUUCGAGGUCAAGCUUUCCCACACCUUCAACGCUCCCCAAAUCGAGUGGUUCAAGAACGGUUCCGCUCUGAACACCAUGGCCAAGGCCGCUGCCGCUGGCAAGUUGUAA